AUGGUCGAUCAGGGCCCUGUCGUUCCAUCCCRCGCCGGCAGCCAGGCUCUGCUCACGGUCUCAGUGAAAGCCUCUCCAUGGGGUCCCCUCUAUUCUGGAGAGACAGUCACUCUGACGUGUUCAGUGGGGACUGACAGUGGCUGGAGGUACACAUGGUACAAAGACAACAGUAAGAAAGUAGUGACCUUGUCUUGCAGACACACUACAACAGGAGCCACAGAAGCCACCUUCACCAUCAGUAGAGCUGCUGAGUCUGACCAGGGUCUCUACUGGUGUCAGGGAGAGAUCCAGUCCAGAUCCAUAUCAUCAAUCAUCAGUGAUCCUGUCACUAUCACUGUGAAAUCUCUGCCCACAGCCUCAGUGAAAGCCUCUCCACGUGGUCCCCUCUAUUCUGGAGAGACAGUCACUCUGCAGUGUGACAUAUCUGACUACAGAGGCUGGACGUACCACUGGCACAGAGACAACCAUCUGCUUCCCAAUCCGACCAGUAAAACCACCCCCAUCUAUCUCCCUGACCAGGCUGGUCAGUACCAGUGUGAGGGGACAAGGACAAGACGGCCCGAGAGGACAUAUCUCAGCUCAUCUCUCACCAUCGUUGUUGCUGCCCUGCCKAAAGCUACACUGACCAUAACACCAAACCCUGCAUACACUGGAGAGACAGUAACUCUGAUGUGUUCAGUGGGGUCUGACAGUGGCUGGAGGUAAACAUGGUACAAAGACAACACUAAGAAAGUAGUGAACUUGUCUGGCAGACACACUACAACAGGAGCCACCUUCACCAUCAGUAGAGCUGCUGAGUCUGACCAGGGUCUCUACUGGUGUCAGGGAGAGAUCCAGUCAAGAUCCAUAUCAUCAAUCAUCAGUGAUC